UCCUUUAAGAAACCAAAAAAAAGAAAAUAAGACAGCUUGAGGAUGGACGAUAAAAACCAACAAUAUGACAAUGUUUUGAUUGGAAUUCUUCAGAAUGAAGGCAAUAUAUCUGGAUUUCUAGACGCGGUAUUUGGAUUUUUGUAUAGAAGAACUGACUACUACAGUAUAAUGAAAUCUAAGACAGACAAGCUAGGAUUUACACCCGGAACAGCUUUAAAUUUAAUGGUUUCUGCAUUUAAGAAGUAUGAGAAGAUUGCCACUGGGGAUGAACAGAAGAAAAACAAAGGACACAAGACUGAGAGGGAUAAAAAAAAAGCUUCAACAGUUACUCAACAGACUAAAAAUGUGUCAGAUGCUUCCUCCGAACACAUGGAAGUUUCUAAAGCUGAUACAUCCAGUCACAGUCCAAAUCAAGACGCAGAAAAACCUGUAAAUACAUCAACGGAGCAAUCCAACACAGAGUUCAAAGUUCAUUCAAAACUACCAGAAGAUAUUAAAGAUGAUUCUGUUCCUAUGAAAUCAAAAAGUGCAAAAAUUGAACAAGAUGACAAUCCUGAACUUGCAAGACAACAAGCCAUAUUCCAAGCCAGUUCAGAAAGUUAUAAUGGCGCAAUCCGUGAUAAUUAUUCCUGGUCUCAGAGUAUUACAGAUCUUGAUAUAUGUUUAAAGAUUCCGAAUUAUAUCAGAAAGGGCAAAGACAUCAAAGUUUGUAUUGAAAAGAAACAUAUUAAAGUAUCACAUAAAGAUGAAUCAGGACAGAUGGUUGAGUUAAUGAAUGGAGAAUUGUGCUGGGAAAUUAACAAAGAUGAAUCAAUAUGGAAUCUCGUUCCUGCAGAACAUAUUUUGAUUAAUUUGGAUAAAAAACAAGAAAGAUGGUGGGAGGCUAUUUUAACAACAGAACCAAAAAUUAAUGUACAGAAGAUUGAUGCUAGCAGACCAAUGACAGAUUUAGAUGAUGAAGCACAAACUAAGAUAGAAGAAAUGAUGUUCAAUGAGAGACAGAAGAAGUUAGGAUUACCACAGUCACAUGAAAAGAAAGUACAUGAUGUUUUAGCACAAGCUUGGAAUGCCGAGGGUUCUCCAUUUAAAGGACAGCCGUUUGAUCCAUCAAAGUUAAAUGUAGGUCAAGGAGGAAUGAUAACAAUAAAUGACAGUGAGACUAAUAAAAAUAGUUCUUGAGGAAUGAUAACAAUAAUUGGUAGUGAGGCUUAUAAAAUAGUUCUUGAGUAAUGAUAACAAUAAUUGACAGUGAGGCUAAUAAAAUAGUUCUAAACAAAAUGUUAACAGUUGCAUUUGUUGAGACAUGAAUGAAUUUGUAACUUUAAGUGAGUACAAAUACGUCUUCUGAACAUACAGUUCUUAAGAUGCAAGGAGUUAUCUUAUUUGGUCUACUCUCUUACAAAUUUUGUAGAAAACAGUUUUUUCCUUGUCUACUCAACUGGACGAGAACCCACAAUUAUCAUCAGUUACCGUCACCUGGAAUUUAAUGCAAUAAAGGACAUAGCGUUGUUAUUUUAUUUCAGUUUAUUAGUUGUGUUUUUGUUGAUCUGAUUAAAGACAUGUAAAAACGGA